AUGCCGGAGCUUAAGGCUGGGACGCCCGAACCGAAGCUGCGGAUCGCGGACCCUUUUGGGGAAGACAAUGAAAUGCUGCAGCGGCUUACGGAGGAGGCGUUCAAUUCGGUCUCGAAUGGCAAACCGACAAUCAAUCUCAUGCAGGCCUCAACGGGCUUGGAGUUUGCUCUGAAACGUCUCCACCCGGUGUGCCCGCUCCCCGACAAGGCUUGGUACCCUGCCGUUUUCAAGAACUACGACUUGGACCGAGACGGCGAGAUCGAUAAGGAGGCUUUUAUUGACAUUCUUCAGCAGUAUCACGCCUACCACUACGCGCGACUGGUGAAGCGACAGCAACGGCACCACGGGGUCCAGCUCACAGUCAACGUCAGCUGCGGCUCGGCUACGUCUCUGGCGCGACGUCCAGGGGCGCCUGGCCAGAGCGCGGCGUCACGAGGGGGGGUCGGCGCCGACGGGAGUUUGGUGGAUAACAAGGAGCAAUCUCUCAUGCUCGCAUCCUACAUCAUGUAUCCGGCUCACCACGGGAUCUGCGAAGUGUACAAAGACUACAUUUUCGGAGAGACAGCUGGGAAGGGGUCGUUCGGAAAAGUCCAGUUGGUCACAAAUAAAAAGACAGGAGCGCGGCGCGCGUGCAAGUCGAUAGGCAUUCAGUCACCGGAUCAGUGGGAGUUGAUCAAGGCCGAGAUCGAGCUGCUCAAGGCACUGAACCACCCAAACAUCAUGAAGCUAUACGAGACGUAUCAAGACGGAUACACGAUCUACUUGAUCAUCGAGUUGUGCCACGGAGGCCCUCUCUUCGACCGCAUUGUCCAGCACUACGAGAAACUCCGGUCCCCUAUCACUGAAGAGCAGGUGUCCCACUGGAUGCGCCAGAUUCUGUCUGCCUGCGCGUACUGCCACGAGAGGGGGGUUGUCCAUCGAGAUCUAAAACCUGAGAACAUCCUGUUCGUCGACACAACCCCAGACUCGCCCAUCAAGGUGAUCGAUUUCGGCCUCAGCGAUACAAUGCAGAGGCUGCGGGAGACCGCCAAGGAAGUGAAAGAGAAGCGUGGCGGCGUCGGCGGAGCGAUGGCCCGCCUGUUGCCGUCUUUCAACGGGAAGCACAUUAUUCCUUGGUACGUUCGUCGAGUGCGCAUGCAGCGGGCAGGGACGCCGCACUACAUGGCGCCCGAGAUGAUCCGCGGGGACUACGACGAGAAAUGCGAUAUCUUCGCUGUCGGAAUCAUCAUGUACCAGCUUCUUUCCGGCAUUCACCCCUUCUACGUUCCUGGCCUGGACAACGAGGAAUCAGUGAAGACAAAAAUUCUGACCAUUGAGCCGCCCACGGCAGGCGACGAGUGGCAGUGUGUGACAGCCCAGGCGAAAGAUUUGGUGCGGAAGUUGAUUGUCAAGAAUCCGAAGAAGCGGCUGAGUGCUGCGCAGGCUCUCGAGCAUCCGUGGUUCCAAUUCAUGCAGGGUCGACAAGCCAAGCCUUCGCAGCUGACGCCGUCAGUCUUCGAAGGUCUGCGAAACUGGCAGAACCAGAACCGGCUGAAGCAGGCCGUCUUGCAGUUGCUGGCAAAGGAACUGAAUGAAACAGACAUUUUGGAACUGCGGAAAAAGUUCGAAGCGCUCGACCAGAAAGGCGACGGCACCAUCACCAUUGACGAACUGAAAGAAAGCAUGCACAACGCGGGCUACAAAGUGAUCGAGAGCGAACUGGCAGCCAUCGUCGACUCCAUUGACGCCCAGCAGCAAGGCUUCAUUGGUUAG